GAUAUUUCUGCGCGUGCUUGUGGCGCGUAAAAACUGCGUAAAGAAUUUUAAAAAAACAUGGCGAAAGAUUAACCAAAGAGGAGAGAGACAGAGGGAGUGAGACUGGAGGUUUUCUUGUUAUUUAGAGAGAGAGAGGGGCUGCUGUCAGCCUCUUUGCAGGCAGGGAAAGAUUGAUCACCGCACUUCUUUUUUUUCCACCCGGGGCUCCCCCCAAAAUAGGCUCUCCUCUGCUAAACUCCCCAGCUCCUGCUCUUUAUAAAAAUCUACAUGUGCGUCCUAUAGAGUCUGAACUCCACUCGCUGUUAAACUCACUCACUAUUAGCCUUCAUAUUAUAACUGCUGUGUUAAUAUUUUGUUCUGUUGUUAGGAGGAAGAGGAGGCCUAAGCGCGCUGCCCUCCUUUGUCAGUCUCACGGAGCGACCUCGCUGUGAACUCCCCCCCUCUCUCUCUCUCUCUCUCUCUCUGUGCGUAAACACUUUAACACACACACAUUACACUGAGACAGAGCGCGAGAGACAAACUGGACAGCGUGAAGUAUUUGGAGGUUGUGAGACUAUUUCAGUUAGAGUAUAUUUAGGUUUCAUUCUCACAAAUACACCUACAACUAUCGUCCAAAAUAUUCUCCCAUUAAAUACAGAAAAUGCACUUACACAGCACCAGGCUCCCUUUCUUCACACUUCAAUCUAAGUUAGUGUCUCAGCCCUCAUCUUCACUACAGUAUCCUCUCCUCCUGAGCUGCUGCACCUUCUUUAACCCUCCAACUUUGUCAGUGUGAGUUUGUGAUUUCAGCCUCUGUCACAUGUGAUAAGAUUAAUGAGCUGAGUGCUGGAAACAUCUGAAGGAGCCAUAUUGGAAACGUUGCUGACCUGCUCCGUUCACCUAAUGUUGUAACAGUCAUUACAUCACCCAGAGGACCGAAAAUAAAACCGUCUUCGAGAUGCUCUAUUGUUUGUGCGUAACACCGGGCCGGGAUGCGUCGACCUGCCGCCCACACUGCGCACAUGGCGACCGGCAGCCUUCCCGUGUUUUCUCCCCACAGUCUACCCCCCGUUAAGACCAAACAAUAGCCGCUAUCCAGGGAUGAAGCCACUCUGUGCCACAGCUUUGAGUGGAAAAAUAAUAAUGCUGCUUCCCACAGCCAUCACCGCCGCCAGGCCCGGCCUCCUGAUUGGCUCUCCUGCGUCACAUGACCAGGAAUUGGCUGCAAAUUCGCCCCAUAGUUCUUCAGUUUAGCCUACCAGGGUCCCCAUACGCUAGUAAUAUCACCAAUAUACACAAUUAUUAUAUAGCAUCGCAUUUACGCCACUGCGGUCGGGAGCCUACAUGCUCGUGCGUUUUUUUAUUUUUUCUAAGAAGCCACAUUGUGUUGUGUGCGUGUGUGAACGCGCGUGCGUGCGCGUAUGUGUUUUGUUUUUUUUAUUUUGGGGAAGGGAUUGUUCGGGGGUCUCGCCGUGCGAGGGUGAUCCGGUCUAAGGGAGCUAUGAAUUUUGAAUUCGAGAGGGAGAUCGGUUUUAUAAACAGCCAGCCGUCCCUCGCAGAGUGCCUGACGUCCUUCCCCGCCGUCCUGGAGUCAUUUCAAACUUCAUCAAUCAAGGAGUCGACAGUAAUUCCGCCUCCCUUCGAGCACACCAUCCCCAGCCUCAGCCCCUGCACAGGCAGCCAGCCGAGACCGACUGCAAGGAGCCAGCAGAACCGGGGAACCUCCGCCACUAAUGGCCUCCAGACGCACCACCGAGCUGCCCAGCAGCCCUGUCCGCCCGGCCAGGCCCCUGCCCCGGCCGCGGCGACCACGGCCGGUCCGCUGGCCCACGAGUUCCCCUGGAUGAAGGAAAAGAAGUCAUCCAAGAAGUGCCCUAAACCUGGGAACAGCUCCAACGGUGCAGGAUCCAUCAUCCCUCCAGCAUCGUCAUCCCCGUCGCCCACCGCCUCUGGGUACGCUUCGACGGGCAUCGAGUCGCCCACAGACCCGGGACAGGCGGCUCUGGAUGCUGGAGGAGCCGGCUCCCGCAGGCUGCGCACCGCCUACACCAACACGCAGCUGCUGGAGCUGGAGAAGGAGUUCCACUUUAACAAGUACCUCUGCCGGCCCAGGAGGGUGGAGAUCGCCGCUCUUUUAGACCUGACAGAGCGGCAGGUUAAAGUCUGGUUCCAGAACCGGCGGAUGAAACACAAACGUCAGACCACGCACCACCGGGACGGAGGCGGUGGAGGCCCCGAGUCCAGCGACCCGGGCGGGUUUGAGCCGCUCGAAGGAGCCGACGCUUCCUCUCCGUAUUCCAGCCAGCCGCUGGAGGCUUCAGGCACCGGGGAGGCUUCAUCGGAGAGUGAAUCCGGGAGUGGCAAUCCAUCAUCGGCCGCCUACACUGCUGACAGCGGCGACAAUACGCAGCCCACGCCGGAGGAGAGAGGCGGGUUGAGCCGCCCACAGCUGCCCGGAGCAUCUGGCUCCUCGGACGCCGCCACGGCUCACCACUCCCCGCCAGACCCGGGCCUGAUACAGCUCAACGAGCCCGGAUCAGCAACAGCACCGGCGUCAGAUCCGUCGUUCCCGGAGCAGCAGGACUCCUCCAUCACCUCCUCCUCGGCUCCUUCGGCCUCCUCCGCGCUCCCGGACCUGACCUUCUUCGCCGGGGACGCCUGCCUGUCCCCCAGCCUGCAGAGCUCUCUGGACAGUCCGGUGGAUUUCUCCGAGGAGGACUUCGAUCUGUUCACGAGCACACUGUGCACCAUCGACCUGCAGCACCUCAACUUCUGAGAAAGAGCUGCGAUAUUUUAGAUAAAAACUCAAUCUAAAAAAAAAAGCGAGUGAUCGGAGGACUGGCGGGCCUGUGUGGACGAACAAUCGAGCGAAGGAGUGUGUUGUUCAGAAAGCUUCUCGGCAACAUUCCUGAAACAUUUUCUGAAUGAAAAUUAUGUUCGUUUUUAAAUACAUUUUUCCUCUUUUUUGCUGGUUUAAUUUGGUGGUUAUUUUUAGAGAGAUUCAUUUUUUAAAUUAAAACAUCGAAGGGAAAUUAUUUUUUUCACGGUUGAAACGCUGUGGAUGUUUUUCUCCAUUUGUCCACAUUUCAGGUAUUUAUUUCCCUUUUUGUUUGUGAUAUUUUUUCCUCUAAAUUCAUGGACCUUUGUGUGGAUGUGUUCCCUCUUUAGUCCGUCCCGGUGCAGCUUCACGGAUCGUUACUAACCUCUCAGGAACUGUUCUCGGAGUCUUUGCGCAGAGAGCUGGACUGCUCUGGAAGGAUGAGCCCUGCUGAUGACCCCACUUUUAGACCCUACUUUAUUUAUUCAGAUUCUUUAAUAGUGAAAAUCCAAAUUAUUUAUUGUACAUAUAUUUUCAUAGUGGAAUAAUAAUAAUAAAAACACACAAACAUUUA